AUGUUGACCCCCCAAAAUAGUUUGCAUAAUUUAUCAUGGCCCCCCCCCCACCCCACCCCUCCUCCUCCUCCCGAACAAAGGCUACCUGUAUUGUAGCAUAGCCCGAAUUGUACGACACUGACCUUAAACUAACAAAGAAGAAAACGAGCUGCGUUUCUUCCUGAUGUUACGCGUAUCUCUCACGCGUGAUCAAAUAAGAUACCUCAACGAAAUGGCAAAAAAUGGGAAAAUUUCUGAGAAAGCACUUUCUACCAUAGAAGAGUACAUUCCAGGUCUUUUGAAAGAAAAUGGGCAACUUUCUGUCACAGAAGACCAUCAAAGUGAAAGUACUGGAAGUGAAAGUGAAUCAGAUCUAGAGCAGUGA